UCCUCAUAAGAAGGAAGAGGAGAAGGCGAUUAAGGCCCCAAGUUGAGGAAGAGCUGCCUGCUGCUGCCCAGCCAUGGUCUGCUACAGCUGCCUGGCUGUCUUCAGCUGCGUCUUGCUCUCCCUGGCCUUCCUCCUGAAGCGCUGGCUCCGAGCAGAUGGAGACCUGACUUUGCUCUGGGCUGAAUGGAGGGGCAAGAAGCCGGAGAAAGAGCUACCUGGGAAGGUUGUCUGGGUGACCGGUGCUUCCAGUGGGAUCGGAGAAGAGCUAGCUUACCAGCUUGCAAAGAUUGGGUCACCACUCGCCCUCUCUGCAAGAAGAGAAAAUGAACUGGAGCGAGUGAAGAAGAAGUGCCUUGAGAUCAGCAGCCUAAGUGACAAAGAUAUCCUCAUUGUGCCACUUGAUUUGACUAACAGGAGUUCCCAUGAAUCUGCAACAAAUGCUGUUCUGAAGCAUUUUGGAAAGAUUGAUAUCUUGGUGAACAAUGGUGGCCGUUCCCAACGUUCCCUCUUUGUGGAUACGAGCAUCGAUGUCUACAAUGCUAUAAUGGAACUCAACUACCUGGGCACAAUCUCCCUUACGAAAUAUGUCCUGGAUCACAUGAUACAGAGGAAGAAAGGGAAGAUUGUCACUAUGAGCAGCGUCAUGGGCGUAAUGGGAGCUCCUUUGGCUACUGGCUAUUGUGCCAGCAAACAUGCUCUGCAGGGUUUCUUUAAUUCUCUUCGGCCUGAGGUUGCUGAAUAUCCUGAGAUAAGUGUAAUUAACAUCUGCCCCGGGCCUGUCCAAUCACAGAUCAUACAAAAUGUCUUUACUGAAGAUGUCUCAAAGGUAAAUGCAAAUGUUGGGGAUCAGUCUCACAAAAUGCCAACUGACCGCUGUGUUCGGCUAACUCUGGUUAGCAUGGCUAAUGAUAUAAAGGAAGCCUGGAUCAGUGACAAUCCAUACCUGGCAGUAUGUUACCUCUGGCAGUAUGCACCUACCUGGGCCUGGUGGCUGCUGAACCGCAUAGGAAAGACAAGGAUACAGAAUUUCAAGAGUGGAGUGGAUGCUGAUGUUUCUUAUUACAAAAAGUCUUCCUAAGAAGCUGCAUGUUUUCAACAUUUCUUUACACCUGUGCCUGCGUAAGGAUGAAGAAGCCCUUCUGGUUGAAAUAAGUAUUUUCUUUUUCUUUUUUAAAAAAGCUACUUUGGUAAGAAGUGAAACUGUAAUAUAUAACAGGGAUAAGUAUGAUACCAAUCUCUAUCUAUUCCUUUUGAUAUAUUAUAUAAAACUUUUUGACUCAAAAUAUGUUAGCCACAAGCAAACAGAUUCCUUUACUUAAUAUGGUGCUGUUUUCUAUUGCUUAUGUUACCUUAAUACUAGAUUGACCAUCCAGCCCAGUCCCCAGCAUCUUCCAAUACUGCCUUUAAGCCUUUAGACUAUCCUCCUAUACCCUUUCCUUUGGAUAAAACCCAUUGAGUUCAGUGGAGCUUGCUUCUGAGUAGACAUGAACAUAGAGCUGCAUAUUAGACACAUAUUCUUUUUAUCUACCUUGCUCUAUCUUGAGCUCUCAGGGUACAAAUUUUGUUAGUAUUUGUAGGCAACAGAAGCUCAUAUCUACUACCUCUGGAAGUAUUGUUCUGUGGCACCACAAGAGAACCAGCCUAACUAUUUCGGAUGGUGGUGGUUGCACAUACCAUUGGUGCCUCUUUACCAGCCUCAAGCUGGUAUGGGAAAAUUCUCCUGUGUGAUGACCAACAAAAAGAAAAAACAUCCAAAUCCUUGUUCUAUGUCAGGGGACAAAGUGCAGGCCAUAGAUUUGGUCAGUUUUUUUGUUUUGUUUUUGUGGUUUUUUUGUGGAGAAGGGGAAGAAAGACCAUUGACCAUUCCAAGAAGCCUCCAGGAACAAAAAUAUUCAGAGACACAGCCAUAUUAGUCUGUAUGAAUAAGUAAAGGGAUUGUGUUGUACCUUUAAUCCUGAGAGAAAGAAAUUUGUAACAGAAGCCUUCAUAGACUAGGUCUACUUCAUCAGAGGCUCGUCAGAAGCUUAUGCUACAAAUUUCUUUCAGUUACUCUCAAAAGUGCUUUGAAGUCGCUUUGCAUAUUCUGAAGUGGAAACAGAAAAUGAACUUGUGGGUCACUUCCAGUUUUGAUUUUUGCCCAUUUUCAGCUUUUCCAGGACUAUUGCAGUCUGGGGAGAUCCUCAGAGCCAAAAACCGGGCCUUGGAUUCAUUGAAAUCGUCUACCAUUUUUCUCUGUAGAAAAUAUUGGAGGGAAAACAAUCCUAAUGCCUUCAUCCCUUCAGCUUGCUUUGUCAGGUAGUAGAAAAUUUCUCAUAGCACCAGGUUGUUUCUAACUUAUGGCAACUCUAUCACAGGGUUUUCUUGGCAAUAUUGUUAAAAGGAAGUUUGCCAUUACCUUCCCUUGAGGCUGAGAGUGUGUGACUUGCCCAAAGUCAACCAGUGGGUUUCAUGGCUGAGCGGGGAAUCAAACUCUUAUCUCUAGAGUUGUAGUCCAAAUCUCAAACCACUAUGCCAUGAUGGCUCUCACCAGAGAGUAUGCUAUAUACUCUUAAUUUGUUUUUCAAGCAUUACUUUCAUGCCUCUAGUGAAAAAGUAUUUGCUUUCCUUAUAUUUUCCAUUUUGUAAAUGGGACGCCAAGUGGAACUGGAAAGUUAAGAUGGCAAAGUACUGUAAGCUAAAGACAUGUUAAUUAACAGAAUUGGUAAGAAUGAAACUGACUUUUCCAGAGUGGUCUACAGGCUUUCUGCAGGAAAUAACAAAUUUUACCUUUUUCCCUCUGCAGAACAAAAGUAAAUGCUUGCUUGAAAGCCUCUUCUUGCUUACAGGAAUUGACGUCCCAAUUGUUUUAAUGUUACCUCUGCAAUUGUGCAACAAACCUUUCCACUUGUAAACCUUACUGUACCAUGAUAGACUGCUGUUAACCAAAGUACUAGCGUCCAGUUUGCUGUAUUUAAUGAAAAGCUCUUGUUUUUGUAUGCUGAGUAGAUGUACAAAUGUUUGUUCAAGUAUUCCUUUGACAAUACAAAAUAAAGUAUACAAUGGAACAAGUGAAAAAAA